CACGAGAAACCUCCGAGGCAAACCUCAAGCAGAAACUGAACACAGAUGAUGCUAAUGGUACUGACGAAGACAACACAGGUGAUAUUGCCAUUAAUGUGUAUGAGCGGUCAGUCUGCUCGAUAGAGGGACAACCUGCCGUCCUAAGAUGUACUGUUGAUCCACAAGCUUCUUCCAUUGUUUGGAAAAAAGGAAAACCAGAACCUGACGAACGUGUUUUUAUAGACAAACAGAAAUACUACGGUGGCAAUCAUUUGACUCCGCCACUUGUUAUAAUGAAUACGGACAAAAGUUCUGAUGAAUCUAGUUACUGCUUAAUCGCUACUGGAAAUGACAAACGGACUAAAAAGAGAAGUGGAAUAAUCCAUCUUUAUGUCGACACGGUGAUACUAGAUCAUACUCAAGUAAGUUACGUACCAAAGCCACCCUUCCGGAAAAAACGGAAAAGCAUUGCAUCGGGACGUGGGAAGCCAUACACCCGGAGUCCCCGUAUAGACAGUGACGUCAACGUAACAUUUCUGAUAGAAAAUAACAUCGAUACUACACGACAAGAAUCUAAAGAGGAUAUUCGCAGAAGCCUGCAAACACAUACACAGGAGCGAGGUCGAAUAAAUAGUCCGGAAUUCUUGGAACAGUGCAUUCUUGUCUCCGUCGAUAUCACAGGAGCUUCGUCACCAACAGAACCGUCUGCCUUGUGCUUAGCAGAGCGUAUUGAAUCAUUUUUACGGGAGGGAGACAUUCGAUUGACAGACGAGGCAAACACCAAACUGAAGAUUAAAACUGAAGAUAUCAGAAUAAUCAUCAAAAACCAAACCACUGACGGAUUCCCAAUUGUGUGCAUCAGUCAAGCUGAAUACUUUGCCGACGAAAGGACAGUGGUAGUGAUGCAUUGUACGAUCCUGGCCUGUCCCCCCGCCACGUCUGUGAGAUGGGUGAGGAUACGAUACGGGGAGGAGGAGGAGCUUGAUAUAGACAACUACAAGUACUUAGGAGGGGGUGUCCUCAGUCCCUCCCUAGUUAUCACUGACGUCAGUUAUACCGACGAAGGAUACUAUAGGUGUUAUGUCACAAGUAGUGAGGGCGAAGGAAAGAGCAAUACAACUUGGUUGGAAACAAAUAGUGAUUAUACGGAUCUCUCCACCUUUUUACAUCAAAAUGGUCAUGAUAAAGUAGACAGCAGUGCAAUCAGAUGUAUCAAAACCUACUUGGCAUCAAACAGAACGUCCGGGGAUGAUGUUCCUCUUCUAAGGAUCGCGAUAGACAACAACAGUAGAGACUUACUGCGUUAUAUCAUUUCCACGGUACCGGAAGUGUUAUCCAGUCGAGAUGUCGAUGGAUGUACCUCUCUUCAUUACUGCUGCCAGUACGGAACACUGUCAUUGUUUAAGUUGCUUAUCGAAAGCGGCAUGAGUGCGGAAAGAACAACAUCUAACGGAUCAACGUGUCUCAUGAUGGCAACACUCAAUAGACACAGACAAGUACUUCAACACAUACUGGAAAACUUUCCUGAACAGUUAAAUGUUGUGAACAGCGAUGGAAGGAAUUGUUUAUUGAUGAGCUGUGAGAAAGACAAUAUUCACAUAUUUGAACUCUUAGUGAAAACUGGAAUUUCACUCGAGCACAAAGACAAAGCAGGUAACACCUGUUUGAUGACUGCAAUAGUGUAUCGUAACAACUGUUUAGCUCACUUUAUAGCGGAGAACUACACAAAACAACAUGACGACAGUGAUGGUUUGAAUGCUCUAAUGCUUUGUUGCAGAGUAGGAAACAUAGAAACGUUUAAAUUUCUCAUCGUCACAUGGAUGGACUCUGACCCAAUAUUUGACAAAGGAAUGACAUGUUUGAUGGUUGCUGUGAUGCACCAACAGAGAAGACUCGCCAAAUAUAUCGCUGCAGUCCUUCCAAAUCAAUUACACCUACGUAACAACGAUGGCUGGGAUGCACUGGUCUUUUGUAGCAUGUAUGGAGACAUUGAACUUUUUGAAUUCCUGAUCAAACAGGGCAUGAAUCCUCCUACGCAAACACAAGACGGAUUAUCAUGUCUGAUGAUCGCUGUACGUAACAAGCAGAUAGAAAUGACGAAACAUAUCGUAAAGUCCUACCCUAGACAUUUACAUCACAGAGACCGGAACGGUUUAAAUGUACUUUACCAUUGUUGUCACUCUGGGAACGUCGAGCUAUUUCAGUAUCUUGUUGAAAAGGGAUUGAAACCUAACACUUGUACAUCUGAUGGAUCAACCUGUCUGAUGAUUUCUGUACAGAACAAACAUUUUGAUCUUAUUCGGCAUAUCGGGGGGAAAUACCCAGAACAGCUUGAAGAAGAAGACAAAAGAGGUUGGAAUGUACUAUUGUAUUGUUGCGAAGCUGGAGAGGUAAGGGUAUUUGAAUACCUUGUUGAGAAGGGAGCAAAGACCGAUACAUGUUCAUUGGAUGGAUCUACCUGUCUGAUGAUUGCUGUACAGAAUAAGCAUUUUGACCUGAGCAGACAUAUCGGGGAUAAAUACCCAAAACAGCUUGGUGAAGAAGACACAAGAGGUUGGAAUGUACUAUUGUAUUGUUGCGAAGCUGGUGACGUCAAGAUAUUUGAUUACCUUGUUGAGAAGCGAGCAAAGACCGAUACAUGUUCACCUGGUGGAUCUACCUGUCUGAUGAUUGCUGUACUGAAUAAGCAUUUUGACCUGAUUCGUCAUAUCGUGGAUAAAUACCCAGAACAGCUUGAUGAAGAAGACAUAAGAGGUUGGAAUGCACUAUUUUAUUGUUGUGAAGUUGGAGAGGUAAGGAUAUUUGAUGACCUUGUUAAGAAGGGAGCAAAGCCUGAUACAUGUUCAUUGGAUGAAACAACAUGCCUGAUGAUCGCCGCACUGAACAAUCAUGUUGAUCUUACCAGAAGUAUCGGUGAUAAAUACCCAAAACAACUGGACAAGCGAAACACCACAGGUUGGGAUGCACUGUUAUGCUGUUGUAAAGCUGGUGACGUCAAGAUAUUUGAUUACCUUGUUGGAAAGGGAUUAAAACCUCAAACAUGUUCAAACGAUGGAUCCACAUGUCUAAUGAUCGCUGCAGCCAACAAGCAGUUUGAUCUAGCACAACAUAUUGUGGUUAGACACCCAGAAUUGUUAGAACAACGAGACCAGAACGGUUGGAACGCACUUCUCUAUUGUUGUCAAGCUGGAGAUGUGUCAAUGUUUAAAUUCCUUGUUGAAAAGGGACUGAAACCCGACUCAAGUUCGACAUGCUUGAUGAUUGCUGUUUUGAACAAUCAUUUUGAACAAUGCCGACAUAUUUUGGACCACACAACGCCGGAACACCGAUACCGGGAUGGGUGGGAUAUAUUGCUGUGCUGUUGUCAAGCUGGAAAUGUGAAGAUAUUUGAUUAUCUUGUUGAAAACGCAGUGCAACCGGCAACACAUUCAGAUAAUGGAUCGACUUAUCUGAUGAUCGCUAUACUGAACAAACAAUUCGACCUUACCCAACAUAUAGUAGAAAAAUAUCCUGAGCAGCUCAACAAAUUAAACCGGAACGGUUGGAAUGCAUUGCUCUGUUGUUGUCAAGUUGGUGACUUCAGGAUAUUUAAAUAUCUUGUUAAAAAGGGAUUAAAACCUGACACACGUUCGAAGGAGGGGUCGACAUGUCUGAUGAUCGCAGUACUGAACAAACGUUUUAAUCUUAUCAAACAUAUCGUGAAAGAAUACCAGGAACAGCUGGAACAACUAGACAAUAACGGUUGGAAUGCACUAUUGUAUUGUUGUGAAGCUGGAGAGGUAAGGAUAUUUGAUUACCUUGUCGGGAAAGGCGUAAAACCUGACACGCGUUCCACAGAUGGAUUAACCUGUCUGAUGAUGGCUGUACUUAACAAACAUUUUGAUCUUACACGACAUAUUGGGGAUAAAUACCCAGAGCAGCUGGAACAACGAGACACACAAGGUUGGGAUGUUCUACUCUGCUGUUAUAAAGCUGGAGACGUCCGGAUAUUUGAUUACCUUGUUGAGAAAGGAGCAAGAUCUGACACACGUUCCACUGAUGUAUCGACAUGUCUGAAGAUCGCUGUACUUAACAAACAUUUUGAUCUUAUCAGACAUAUCGAGGAUAAGUACCCAGAACGGCUGGAACGACGUAACAUGUCUGGUACGGAUUUACCGUUGCGCUUUUGUAAAGCUGGAGUGGUAAGGAUACUUGAUAUCCUUGUUGGAAAAGAGUAAAACCUGACACACGAUCCAAUGAGGGAUUGACAUGUCUGAUGAUCACUGCUCUUCACAAACUUGAUCAUAUCCUACAUAUCGAAACUUAAUUUAGGUAGCAGUAUACACUAGAGGGUUGUGGCCAUGGGUGAUAUUUUUGUUAA